CUCUCUAUCUCUCUCUCUCUCUCCGUCUUUCUCUUACUUGUUGAUGAGCUGUUCAUGCUGAGUCUCCUCUCCGUGCCAACCGAUAAUGCCCAGAAAAUGCCCAUCUUUCCCGAGUCAUCAUCACCAUAUAAGGGAAAAAAUCAAUAUGGUGGGAUUCCAAGAACAAGACAGGACCAAUAUCUAUAAGCCAAUGCUUUAAUGUGCCCUCUCAGAUGUAUUAGCUGUCUUCUGCUCCAUCUUUCCCUCUCUCCCAUACCAAACUCCUAUUCUCAAAGCGCCCCCCUCCCUUGUUCUCUCCCCUAUCUUGUAGAUCCUUAUUAAUAAGGGCCCGCCACGUCACCCACCCCAUGCACUUUUGCACCCCUCCCCUCCCUUUAUAAAUGCGGAGCCAAAUGGUAUCAGAGCCGAUCCAGACCCAUAGCAUUUCCCCGCUGAAGGGUCCACAAAGGACCCUCAGUGACCCUCCUCUCUUGUCGUAUCCGUUCUCUGAUGAUCCAUCGACCACCCAUUGCCCCGAGAUGUUCUCUCAGCAGCCACCCUCGCCGUCGCUCUUGAUCGGAGACUGUAUCGGGGCGGAGAGCUGUCUAGACCUGAUGUCCCUUUUGGAGAGGCCGAAAGAAGCCAAUGACAAGGCGGUGACGAUGGAGAGGAGGAUGACGAUGAGGAAGAGUCGGCGGUGGGAGACAAAGGAGAAGAGGAAGGAGAAGGAGUAUCCCCCGCCGAUCCCAUUGCUUGCUCGGACGGAGAACCUACACUCUCACAUGCCGUGGGUCCUCGAAAGGACCUACACGAGCGAUGGUCGGCUCAUCUUGAGGGAGGAGCGGGUCAGGCACCAUGAGUACUUUCGGGCCGACAGGAGGGACGGCCGCCUCACCCUCCAGCUCGUACCAUUGGACGAUGAAGUCUUCAACCUCGAAAAUGAGGCCGAGGCAGAGUCCGAGUUUGAGUCCGAGGCUAAUGGCAAUAGUGCAUCUUCCUCAACUAGCGAUAAUGCUAAAGGAGAUGACCAUUUACAAUGUUCUGAAGCCGAGAUUGAAAACAGGAAGAAUACUAGUGAUUGCGAGACUGAUAACACCGAUAAGUCGGAGAUGGCGGUAGACAAUGACGAGCCGCCGACAGGGUCGACAGUCGAGAUUGGAGGAGCAGUUGGGAAGUGCUUAAAAGUAUACAACAUUAGUGGGGGAGUUAAUGUGACCGGAGGAGGAUCCUCUUGUAUAUUUGGGGUAGCAGUGCCAGCUCUCUAGGGCCAGUCCAUGGCUAAUUAGAUUUGAUUGGAUAAUACAAAUUGAAUAGGAUCGUCAUCUUCAUCUUACUUUGUCUUCCAUUAAUCAGGUCUGAGACUAGGGUUUUGCUUUUUCUUUUUAUAUAUAUUUAUAUUUAUAUAUUUUUUGGUUAUCCAAAAGUUGAGUUCUCUUUUUCUCGGAGUCGAAUUUAAAUA